AUGUGGAGAUGGACAUCUCUGGGACUUUUCUUCCUCAUCAUUCAUCUUUCGUCUGGACACGAGGAGCUGUCUCAGCAUUUUAAGAUCAAGAAAAACGAUCUCGACGCCGUCUCAACUUUAUUGCUAAAGAUGAAACGUUUAGCGCAUCGAAAAGUCUAUGGACAUCGAGGAUUUCAAAGUGAUUCAGAGGUGGACAACACGAAACCGAUCUCGAUCUCCCCGCAACAACCACAAGUCAAGCAGGAGAUCGCUCCUUAUUUAUUUGAGGGAGACAUAUUUCUGAAUGAAAAGCAAGCGACGAAUAUCCUCGAUGAGAUCUCGAAAAGCAAGGGAAAAAGGGGGAAAGUGCGACAAACGAGAAGUUUCAUCUCCGAUCUUGAAGGCAAAUGGGAUCCAACAGAAACGAUUCGGUAUAGAUUUCAUGAAAGUUUAGAAUUCCUCGCUAUUUCCCAAAUCAUUGCCGCUAUUCAAUAUUGGGAGACGCACACGUGUCUCUCGUUUGAGCAAGUGCCCGAAGAUCUCGGUGAUGACGAGGAUUAUAUCGAGUUCUUCAAGGGACAAGGUUGCUAUUCAAUGAUCGGUCGAAAUGGUGGCCGUCAGGGUGUCUCGAUUGGUGAUAGUUGUGGACGACAAGGAAUCGUCGAGCACGAGGUGGGCCACGCGUUAGGACUCUGGCAUGAACAAAGUCGACCUGAUGCACUCAAUUAUAUUCAAAUCGAAAAAGACUUCAUUUUGCCUUCAUACAUUGGCGAUUUCCAGCAAAGAACCGAAGAAAUUGAUACACUUGGGGUUCCCUAUGACCUUGGCUCAGUGAUGCACUAUGGUAGCACGGCUUUCUCAAACGAUCAAACGAGUAAAACGAUUAUUACCAGAGAUCCACUCUUUCAAUCAACAAUUGGUCAACGAGAAAAACUAUCUUUUUACGACAUUUUAAAGAUCAACAUUGCAUAUUGUUCAGAUAAAUGCACUGGGACAAAGCUAGAAUGUCAAAACGGUGGCUAUCCUCAUCCAAGAAAAUGCGCAAAAUGCAUUUGUCCUGCAGGUUUGGGUGGAGAAAUUUGCGAGAGAAACGAUGAUCCGAUCAAUGCCGUAUGCGGUGGAGUGAUCGAAAUGAGUGAUGAAUGGUUUGAAUUCUCUUCUCCCGGUUAUCCAGAUGAAUAUGAUGUGGAUCAAGGGUGUUCCUGGGUGUUAAAGGCUCCUCAGGGUCGUCGAGUCGAGCUCGAGUUCGUCGACGAUUUCUCCUUUCUCUGCACAACCGUUUGCACUGAUUACGUCGAGUUGAAAUUGUCCUCGGAUCUUAAAAAUACUGGAUACAGAAUCUGUUGCUCAAAAAAGCCAAUAGAUACAUUUGUUUCGGAAAAUGAGAUGGCGAUCGUGCUUUUUCGAUCACAAUUCGCUCCCGAUAUUGGCUUCAAGUUGCGCGCGAAAGCCAGCGAUAAACCACCCAGAACCACGCCAGCGCCAAUUUUGGCGAAAAGAAUGCGAACGGUGACAAUAGCUGGUAACAACGUUUGGGCUGAAUGGGGCGCGUGGAGUGAUUGCUCGAGAAGUUGUGGUGGAUGUGGGAUAAGGAGUCGAUUCAGACGAUGUUUGACAAAGGAUUGCGACGGAAAAAACCAAGAAUUCUCUACAUGCAAUCUCGUCGCUUGUCCAGUUGACAAAAACUGUGCCAAGUAUUUGAGUGAUCGCAAUUUCUGCGCCGGGAAAGUUUGUGCAAAAUUGGGUGACGUGCUGGCUCGUUGCGAGGAACCGCAGUGUUGUCCUCCAUUCUACCCAAAAGAUGGUCUCUGUGUCAGCGAUUCGGCUGAUGUGCCGACUUUUGCGAAAACCAAUUCA